AUGGUGAAGAAAACCGAUGUUAAAGCUGUGAAUGAGUUUUCUUGCAACAUGGAAAGUACCCGUAGCAUUGUUGUGGAUUACAUAAAGUACCGCCUGGAUAGCUGCGGUUACACAUGGGAUAAUGAUGGCAGGCAGGCCAACGUAACUGCCAGCCCUGUGCAGACGGCUAUGAGAAGCCUGGGAGAUGAAUUCGAAGAACGGUUUAGAAGUCGGUUUGACGAGCUGGUCCAGCAGCUUCAUGUGACGCCGGAUAAUGCUAGUGAAACGUUUUCGGCGAUUGUUGCAGAAACUUUUUGUGAUGGAGUCAACUGGGGCCGUAUAGUGGCUCUGUUUGGCUUCUCUGGUCGCUUUGCUGUUCACUGUUUUCAACGCAACAUGCCGAAUAUGGUGGACAAUGUUGUUGAAUGGGUGACUGCAUACGUAGAUACUAACUUGCGUGAAUGGCUGGAAUCUCAUGGGAAAUGGGAAGGAUUUCUGGAGUUCUACGAUGGCGGAGCAGAGUCCAGAAAAAACAACCCCUGGCCAUCGUUUAAGACCAUUUGUGGAUACGCUGCUGCAGGACUUGGCGUUCUCACACUGGGCGCUUUUCUGGCGCAGAAGUCUUAA